CGAGCUUCACAGCACUCCCGCACGCCCACCGCAGCCUAUGUCCAUGUCGCCAGCAUGGCUGCGGAUCCGACCGACGACGAACAGCAGCCGGUGACAACGGGAGACGCUGGCAACGGCAGAGAUACCGCCCAGCACGUCGACGACCACGACGCCGGCGACGAUGACGACGAGGAAGAGGACGACGCGGACGAAGAGCCCAAGCUCAAGUACAGCCGUCUGACGAGCAGCCUGGGGCCUGUGUAUCGCAAUGGCGACGCGACCAGCUCCUUCCUGGUCGCAGGUGACAAGAUGAUUGUUGGCACGCACAACGGCAACAUACACACUCUAUCCAUCCCAUCUUUCCAGAUACUGCGCACGUACAACGCCCAUCCGUCUGCCUCAGUCACCGCUCUUUCCGUUUCGCCCCUCCCGCGCACGCAGUCUUUCGUCAAUCAAGUUGGCUCGCCGACCCGAGCGCCAGAUGAUGCAACCGCGAGAAAGCCUACGCCGCAUGCCAGCCGUGACCCUCGCAGACCACAGCAGAAUCCCGUGCCAAACACUUCCUCGAACCAGAUCUACAUUGGCUCUGCGUCCAUCGACGGCCAUGUUUGUGUAUCCUCGUUGAUCGAUCCCAAGGAUGUCACUCUGCGCAACUUUGCGCGCCCCGUACAAGCUGUGGCACUUUCACCAGACUACAAGAAUGAUCGAUCAUAUCUGUCAGGUGGUCUGGCUGGCGAGCUCAUUCUGACUAGUGGUGGACCAAUAGGCAUUCGCGCGACUGCGAACACGAGCUCAGCAUCUCAGGCGGCCCAUGGCUGGCUUGGAGCUAUAGGACUUGGUGGAAGCAGCGGCCGAGAUACGAUUUUACACUCUGGAGAAGGAUCAAUCAGCACCAUCAAAUGGUCACUAUCCGGGCGAUACGUUGUGUGGGUCAAUGAGGAGGGCAUUCGAUUUAUGCGCACCAACCUGUUCCUGGACAGCGCAGACUCGCAACUGGCGUGGAAGAGGAUAGGAUUCGUUGGGAAACCCAAUCGUCGCGUCUGGCAAGACAUGGCUGCGCUAUGGAAAGCCAGAAUCGAGUGGGUUGACGAUCAGUCGCUAGAGUCCGAUGACGAUGCCAUUAUGAGCAUGAACGACCAUGGACGACACAACAAGGCCGAGUCGACUUUGCCUCACCACCGCAGACACAAGUCAGGAAAGGGGAUCAAGCAAGAAAAGGUCGAGAAGCUGGUUGUAGGCUGGGGAGACUCAGCCUGGAUCAUUCACGUCAUUCCUGGAGAAGUCUUUGGCAAUGGCAGAACUGGCGAACGGUCUCCCGGCAGCAUCGAAGUUCCUCAUCAUCUCAAGUUCGACGAUUGUAUUGUUUCUGGCAUCUCGCUUUAUACCCCUUCCCUACUUCUCGUGCUUGCGUAUCGAACCCACGACGAUGACGACAAUCCAGUUGAGACGACUCCUCGAAGAGGUAUGCAUCGGCGUGCAAACGGCUUAUCUCCUGAGCUCAAGCUCAUCGAUGCGGUUAGCCAGGAAGAAGUUGAGGUCGACUCUUUAACAGUCAGCAGAUACGAAACUCUCUCGGCGGCCGACUACCAUCUAGGAACACUAUACAUUCCCCAUCCAAAGGCUAUGACACCUGCACAGAAAAGCGCACUUGAGGCCAUUGGAGGAGGGAUAUGGGACGCUGGUGUCAGCGCGACCAGGAUCUUCAGUUCUGGUGCCAGCGUUCUCAACCUUCCAAUAGGCGGCCCAGAGUCCAAGCCAGGAUCGUUGUCAUCUACGAAUGGCACGAUACCGUCGACGGCGGCUCGUGGAAGACAAACACCAGUAUUCCCUAAUGCUGCGACAGCUGGCCUCAAGGUCUUUAUGCAUAGUCCGUAUGACUGCGUGCUAGCUAUAAAGCGAGACCUUGCAGACCACUUUACCUGGGAGCUGGAGCAUGAAAACUACAAAGAUGCUUGGGAGGUCUUGGAAGAUCACCCCGAAGUCAUCAACUCCGCCAGUCAGUCGGUGGCCGAAACUUCACCAGCCAGCACGCCGAUUCAGAAGCAAGGAAGCCUGCAGGACUUCUUUGCUGAUGAGAGUGCAUCUCAGGAUACCGUAUCUGCCGCAAGAGCAAACCAGAACAUCGCUGUGGAGAAAGAAAAACGCCGAGUUGGCGAUCUCUGGGUACAACAGCUAGUGAACGCAGGUGACUGGAAAGAAGCGGGAAAAGUCGCUGGUCGAGUCCUGGGCACAUCGUCCCGGUGGGAGCACUGGGUCUGGAAGUUCGCACAAACGAAUCACUUCAACGAAAUCUCUCCCUAUAUACCCACCAAGCAGAUGCAGCCGCCGCUGCCAUCGAUGGUAUACGAAGUCAUACUUGGUCACUACAUCAUAAACGACCGGAUCAGAUUCAAGCAUCUGCUCGAGGCAUGGGACCCCGAUCUCUUCGACAUCAACAGUGUAAUUGAGGCUAUCAAAUCCAAGCUAAACGCUGGCGACGUCAGCGAGGACUCAAUAGAGGGUAACGAACAAGGCCGAGACUGGCGAAUACUGCAAGAUGGUCUUGCUAAGCUGUACCUUGCAAGCGGUCGCCAAAGAGAAGCAUUGCGCUGCUAUAUACGUCUGCAGAACGCUGAUGCUGCUAUGAGCAUUAUCCGGGACUUGCAUCUUGUGGAGGCUGUCAGAGACGAUAUACCGGGCUUCAUCCUAUUGCGUGUGUCGAGGGAACAGAUGGCAUCUGCACCCUUACAAGAGCUGGAGGAAGCAUCAUCGGAGACUAUUGAAGUGCUUGUUGAGGAGGGCUGUCGCAGGACAAUCCCUGCUGACGAUGUUGUCACACAACUCCAAACGAGCAAGAAGAGAGACUCCUUCCAGCCUUUCCUGUUCUUCUACCUUCGACGACUGUGGAAGCCAGAGCUGCACGAACGUAAGGCCAGAACGGCGAAGGAAAGAGUUGCAGAAGACCGCCUUGCCGCAGAUGGCAAGAUUGUGGCAGAAGGUUUCUCCGACCUUAUGGUUGAGCUGUUCGCGGAGUAUGAUCGCCCAUUGUUGAUGGAGUUCCUUCGCAAGUCACAAAGCUUCGACCUGAGCAAGGCAACGGCUGUCUGCGAGGGCAGAGAGUACAUUCCAGAGCUCGUACACAUCCUCUCGAAGACCGGCCAGACUAAGCGUGCCCUAUACCUCAUUAUUGAGAAGCUUUCAGAUGUUAGCUUCGCAAUUUCUUUUGCCAAGGAACAAGACGAUCCUGACCUUUGGAACGAUCUGCUUGACUACUCCAUGGACAAACCGCAAUUUAUCCGAGGGCUGCUAGCAGAGGUCGGCACAGCCAUCGAUCCUAUCCAACUUGUUCGUCGUAUUCCCGAAGGUCUCGAGAUCGAAGGGCUCAGAGACGGCAUUGGCCGUAUGGUCCGCGAAUAUGAGAUACAACACUCGAUAUCAGAAGGCGUAGCCAAGGUACUGCGCGGUGAAGUUGCAACUGGCAUGGACACACUUCGCGCAGGCCAGAAGCGGGGUGUCAAGUUCGAAGUCAUACCCUGCGAUGACGAAUCAAACGAGAAGUUGUCUGGUGCACAGAACGGACUUCCAAAAGGCAAAGAGCUUGAUAUACGGCCCAAGGGAGUGGAUCCUAAGACCGCAGCGAAAGUCCUCAGUAGCGGCAAUACCACGGCAGCCAUGUCCACGAAUGCUGCGCCAGUCGCUGAUCCAGCACCAGCAGAGGAUCCUAAAGCAGAAGCACCACCUGGACAUUGUACAGGCUGCCACGAACCUUUCACAUUACCCACCGCUGAAGAGGAAGAAGUCAUGGACAUGCCUCUCCCCAAGUCUCGCGAUACGCUCGUGGGUUUUGCAUGCGGUCACGUCUUUCACCUUAGCUGCCUAUUGCCAAAGACGAGCGCCAGCGCUAGUGUUGCGGCGACGCUACAACAGCAGCUUGCGAAUGAUGCGCUUGAAAGCGGAGGAAGAUGGAGCAGGAGUGUCGGUGCGAAGGUUGCGCAUGCGCAUGUCAUUAAGAGCGCGAUUGGACGUGGAUGUGUCGUAUGCAGAGAAAGGGACGGUAUGGUGGGCGACGACUAGCAAGGCGAGCUGUGCACACAGAAGAUAUCAAACUUCUUGGAUAUGAAGCAGGCUUGGGGACGUUCAGCGCUGUGUUAGUAAGAAACAAUUCAAGAGAAGUGGCAAUCAAUUGCACGUGAGAUU